UGAUUGGUUGGUCGGACCUGUUCUCCCGCUGUCGCGACGCGCCCCAGUCUCCCGUUUCCCUGCGGGCAAUCGCCGCGUGUCCGUGGAGAGUUGGCGAGGUCUGCAUCCACCAUCCAAGCCGGAUCCGCAGUCUCCGCUGCCAUCACCAUGCUGUCCAGGAUGUGGGUAGCCCUGCGGCCAUGUGUGGCCAGGGCUCGCUGGGUGCACACUAAGGAAAAGGGCAAGCCGCUGAUGCUCAAUCCACGCACCAACAAGGGCAUGGCGUUCAACCUUAGGGAGCGGCAGAUCCUAGGCCUGCAGGGACUGCUGCCCCCCAAGAUCGAGACCCAGAAUAUCCAGGCCCUGCGUUUCAAGAGGAACCUGGACAAGAUGACUGACCCGCUGGAGAAGUACAUCUACCUGAUGGGCAUCCAGGAGAGGAAUGAGCGGCUCUUCUACCGCGUGCUGAUGGAGGACAUAGAGCGGCUCAUGCCCAUUGUGUACACCCCCACCGUCGGCCUGGCAUGCUCGCAGUACGGCCACAUCUUUCGAAGACCCAAAGGCCUGUUCAUCUCCAUCCUGGACAGAGGACACAUCCGGUCCAUACUGGACAACUGGCCCGAGACGAACGUGAAUGCUGUCGUGGUGACAGAUGGGGAGCGCAUCCUGGGUUUGGGGGACCUGGGUGUUUACGGAAUGGGGAUUCCCGUUGGGAAGCUGUGUCUCUAUACGGCAUGUGCAGGGAUCAGUCCAGAGUGGUGUCUCCCGGUCUGCAUUGAUGUGGGUACCAACAACCAGACUCUGCUGAAGGAUCCAUUCUACAUGGGCCUCUACCAGAAGCGAGAUCGCUCUCAGCUCUAUGAUGACCUCAUUGACGAGUUCAUGGAGGCCGUGGUGGAUAAGUACGGGCAGGACACCCUGAUCCAGUUUGAGGACUUCGGGAAUCAUAAUGCCUUCCGCUUUCUCAGGAAGUACCGGGAGAAGUACUGCACCUUCAAUGAUGACAUCCAAGGCACUGCGUCUGUGGCCCUGGCUGGCCUGCUAGCUGCACAGAGAGCCAUAGGGAAGCCCAUCACUGAACAUCGGGUCUUGUUUCUGGGAGCUGGAGAGGCUGCUCUUGGCAUCGCCAACCUGAUCGUCAUGGCAAUGAUGGAGGCUGGAGUGUCUCAGGCAGAUGCACGGAAGAAGAUCUGGAUGUUUGACAAAUAUGGGCUCCUGGUGCAGGGCCGAGAAGACGUUGACAGCAAUCAGGAGGGAUUUGUCCAUGCCAGCCCAGGGAAUGUACAGAGCUUCUUGGAUGCAGUUAGUCUCCUCAAACCAACCGCUAUCAUCGGGGUGGCUGGAGCUGGUCCCCUCUUCACCAAGGAAGUCCUCGCUGCCAUGGGUAGCCUGAAUGACAGGCCCAUCAUCUUUGCCCUCAGUAACCCCACGAACAAGGCAGAGUGCACGGCUGAGGAUGCCUACAACAUCACACAGGGCCGGUGCCUGUUUGCCAGUGGAAGUCCAUUUGGACCCGUGACACUGAGCGAUGGCCGUGUUUUCACUCCUGGCCAGGGGAAUAAUGCGUACAUCUUUCCCGGUGUGGCCCUGGCUGUGAUCCUCAGUGGAGUGAGACACAUCAGUGACACCAUCUUCCUGCAGGCUGCCAAGACACUGGCAGAGCAGUUGACUGAUAAGGAUAUGGAGCAGGGCCGUCUGUACCCGCCCUUAUCCAACAUCCGGGAGGUGUCACUCCGAAUGGCAGUGAAGAUCGUUGAAUAUGUCUAUGCUAAAGGCAUGGCCUUCCGGUACCCGGAACCGCUGGAUAAGAACAGCUUCGUCAGGGCAUCCGUGUGGAACACACAGUAUGACUCCUUCCUUCCUGACAUCUACGACUGGCCGGGGAGUGCCCAAGAACCCCCCAAAAUAGAGUAGACGUGGCUGGGCAGGAGGGCCGAGAGUUGCAUCUCCUCAACACUCCGAAGAACAGGAAAGCACUCCACACCACUGUCACCAAGCUCCUCAGCUUAUAGAGGCUCCCUGUGAACCAGGCUAUUCUGUACGCUCCUUUUGUUGAUACAUGUUUACUAUGUAUGGCUGACCACUGUCCGAACAGCUAGGAACUCCAGCCCCACAGUCCCUCAGUGUCCCCAAGUUAUCUCUGCUGUUUAAUGGGCUGUCAAGUUUAACACUUAGACCCGGUGACUGUAGUUCCUCUGGCUAAAUAAUCACUCCAAUUAAGCAUUUAAGAGACAAAGUAGCAUGAUAAACACAUGCUGUGUGACCCAUAGUUACACAACGGCUUGGCCAUGGCCCACUUGUUCAUUAAACUUACCUCCAAACGGUUUUAAUUUUUUUUUUUGUGAAGAAUAUUUAAAUGGUUUUUAGAAACUUUUGAUAUAUGGAACUUUGUUUGUGCUUAACACGUUUAUGAUUAUUAAUAUUAUUUAAGGGAAGGGUCAAUUUGAAAUUGACUUUCAAAGUGCCUGUGUGGGAUUCCUUAGCAUCCAAAUCCGUAACUGUCAGAUGCACCAGGGGGAAGAGUAGUUACACUAUGAUGGCGAAUAAUGUACAAGCUUCCUCCCUGUAUUAAGUAAGCUGUCUGCUUUAGAUGUGGCACAAUUAUAUCUGUCACCAUAUUGGUCCCUUCGUAAUAAGAGCAGUGACCACUGGUCUUGAUACCAGAAGCAAAGAGCACAAAUCUGGCUGCUUUAGUCAUCCUACAAAAAACGGUUGCUAUGCAUGUCCACGUACAAAUAGCCCAGAUUGGGUAGUUGUACCACUGUGUUGGGGGUAUUUUGUGCUUUACUGUCUGACCCCCUUUUCUGUUUCUUUAUUGUUGUACGUUGCUGUACCAGCGGUGAGAAGUUCUCAGCUGUGUCUUUUCAUGUAUUUGACUGCAGAGGGAGCAGGACUUAAGAUACUGGCAAUCAUAAAGGGUCCUUUCAGGAUAUCAUAAGCAGGCCUGAACUUUUCUAAAGCUGAAACUGACAUGAGUGUUCCAGUGCACUUUUCUGAAAACCGUCUCAGUCCCCGUGAAGUGUCGUCUUGUUUAUGGAAUUUAUUUUUUAUUAUGAGGUGCUGUUGCCUUAGCCUGAAAAAGCUGCUUAUACAUGUGGAAGGCACUUUUAACCAUUACUAAUAAAUAAAAAUACUUUAGUUUCCCA